CUAGUCAUCUAAAUAGUGCAUAUAUAUAAAUUUGACCAUGAAUCCUGACAGGCCCCGCAGAGCCUGUACACUGUUAUCCCCAGGCACACCAGUGACAUUUUCUUCACCUGAUCUAAAAGGUAAGAGAAGAAGAAAUGAUAGAAAGCAAACUAUGAAAACUCUAAAAAGAAUCCCAGAACUAAUCCAUGAGGACUUCAAAUAUACAGAUAUAGACAAUUCAGGCAUCUUAGAGUUAGGUGAAGAUUGCAAAAGUCUGGUAUUUUAUACUGAAAGGGUAUUAACAUGGAUAUCUGCAUUCGAGUCUUUUUACAAGCACAAGUCAAUGAAGGCUACAUCAAAAAGAAUAAGAUAUGGUCUACUAAUAACAGUAAGGGAUCAUAUCAACAUCAGAAUCUGUGAUUCAGGAAUAGUCUCAGUACAGGGAGACAAUCUGGAAGACUGGAAGGACAAUGAUUACCAGUUAAUAAGACAAUCUAUUGAAGACCUAGAGAGUUCACAAUCAUCAAUCCCUCUCAGUGGAACUGUUACCUCACAAAUCGGCACUUCUGACGAGGAGAGUUUCGAUGGUUUUCUACCAUCGGAAAUAACACCUACGAUUCCAUCUCUUAAGAUAGAUGCCUGCGAGGAUAGCCUGGCCUACUUCUCGGACAUUGAUUGUUCUUCCUCGGAAGUGUCACAAUCCAUUCUGAAGCAGCCCGUAACAUUGAUUGUGCCAGAAACCCAACAGGACUUACAAAAUGACUCACAAAUCAAUGGGAAAACUGUGGAGAUAAUCCCAUCCCAGCCUGCUACUGGAGACCUACAUAUAUCUCAAUAUACAUCAUCAACGCCAAUCUCCACUCCAUCUACCGCUGUACAUAACACUUCCUCUAAGCCUACUGAGACCAUUUCUCAAUCUGGAAUAAAAAGUAUUAAAGAGACCGACCUCUUGAGACAAAACUCAAAACUCAGACAUAAAAUAACACAAUCAGAGAAAAAGCUUGAAGCAAUGGAUAGGAAAUAUGCACAGGAAAUAGAUAGGAAAAAUGCUACUAUAUUGGAUCUUCAAAACAGGCUUAAAAUAUCUGAUAAGCAACGCCUGGAUGAGAUCAAGAUUACAAGUGCAACCAGUGCGAUGAAAGUACAGGAUCUGGAGAAAGAAAUACUGAACUAUGAAAAUAAAUUGUCAAUUCUAACUAAGGAACUACAUGGAUCAAAGACAGACAAUGAGACCCUAUAUCGUAAAGUGAAUUCUCUGCUGAAGCAAGUAGAAAGUGAAACAGUUAGUUGCAGUGCCCCUCAGAGCAUCAUUAACCAUAAUAAAGACCAACACCGCAGCCCUAGGCCUCAUUCAUCUACUGAGUCUACAUCAUCAAACUCAUCCUUGAACCGCACCAGUCCUAAAAAUACUCAUUUGCCUAAACAGAACCGAGCCACUCCUACUAAAGUGAACCGCACCAGUCCCAGAAACACAUAUCCAGAUGAGCAGAAUCGAGCCCCUUCUACUAAACCUAGCCCUGGCCAGUUUACACGUACAAGCAACAUACUAACAGAGGCCCCUCCAAUGCCCUCAGUACAUAUAAUGUAUGACAGUAAUGGAAAGAAGCUAACUGAAUCAAUGAAGCGGAAAUCGCCCCAGAACAUAUCUGUCACUGGCUCAAUCUACAGUGGUUGUACAAUAGAUUUUGCGACAAAGAGUAUGCAACAAGGAGACCUUAAGCAGUCAACAGAUUUCAAGUUUCUUGGAUUUGGCACAAACAAUGUCAAAACAGAUGACCCACAAGACAUGGUUUAUGAACUAAAAAAUCUGUUACUGACAGCUAGCAAUAAGC